GUGAGGAUAAGAUGGGAAGAUCAUAUCAAUUUCAUUAAACAUGAAGCGAGAAGUUCCUGCGGAAGUAAGAAAUGGGAGCUUUUGGGCUUUGCAAAGGAAAGGCAAGAAGGCGAAGGCAUCCUUUGAACCGAUGGCGUCUUCUCUGAGCACACAAUCUUCAAUUCCAUUGGCUUAUUUUGAGGAUAAAAGCAAUCUUGAAUGGGAUUAUGGAGGACCGGAUCGAUCAUGCAAGUGUGGCAUCUUUACUCCAGGAUAAAUUGCUUGGAAUAAUGGGAUUUUCUAUCCAGGAUGUUUGAUUUGGUGGAUGACAGGUCCUUGCAUCCGAUUAUAUUGUCAGGAUCGACCGAAGAGAGUUUCGUUGUGUGGGAUCUGGUGGAGUUUGCUAGGCUGAUACUUCCUUAGAAUUUCAAACAUAACAAAAUUUCCAAUGUUGUUUGUCAACUUAAUACUUUUGUGGGUAUUGCGGUAACACAAAUUGCAUAAAAAUGGCUGUGUCAUCUCUACCUGCAUUGUGCUUCUUGUAUUAUUGUUGCUUUUCUUCUUGUUUUGUUCACAUUAUUUUCCCUUUUUUUUUUGUUUUCAUGUUUUUCUGUAGUUCUUAUCUUUUUCAUUUCUGGUUAGUUUGGGAACAUGAAUUUGGUGAAAUGUAUUUGAAUUUCAACCUUCUAAAUUCAAUAUCACUAUUUGUUUUUACUUAAAUAAAAAGUAAUUGAAUUU